GACACAUCUCCUGAAAUCCGCCGCUAUCUAUGGAGUCCCUUCGAAGACGCCCAACACUAUGUCCAACGCGCUGAAGCCGCUUGAACCACUUGAUUCGAGAUCCGAACAAGAUGAACCAUACGAUGCUGAUGCGCUCGCCCUCCUCCGCCGCUCUCCACACCCCUACCACCGACGACAAACAGACAUUGCGCCGUCAAACCUAUCCAGCGAGUCCUCCAACAGUGACUCUCCUCCCCGCACCACCCUGAAAACUCCUCAAUCCGGUUCUGACCGUGAGCACACAAUAUCCGACGAGGAAGAGAAGGGGCGCAGGAAGAUUUUCCGUACCCCAAGUGACAGCGGGACAGAGGCCGACGAUGAAGGAUACAGCUUCGUGAGAGCAUUGCCUGCCCCUCCCGCGAGGCCCCGGAAAGGGCUUCGAGAUUCCAGAGGAAGUGGGAUUGAUGGAGUCUCUACCCCCCUUCUUACCCCGUCGCAGGUAGAUGAGGAGGGCAAGAGAUUCCCACGCCAAUUCAAGGCGGGACUCGAGGGACCCUCGCCUUCCGAUGAUGAAGCAAAGGCUGCAAGACAGAAAUACUUGAAGAGAAGACGAGCAGAGCUAGUCAGACGUAGCACCGAAGUAGGCUUGCUUGCAUUAUUGGGGUUGUUGGUUAUUCGAGGUUGUAGCUGCUGGGAAAGGAUUAUCGUCUGGCAUAGAGUAGAAAUCCUGAGCCACGUUGCAAUAAUUUCCUCGCUGGUCCUGUUAUAUUCUUUACGACUUCUAAUAUAUUCGCGAUCUAUUUCCAAUGGACCUGCCCUCCGGCUUAGACAACGGAUACGGAUACCUGCAGCAUUCGAUCCGGCACCAAUAUUAUACCCCGCUACGAUUCCUGUUUUAAUUUCGCUGUCUCUCCUCCCGAAAUCUGGACCGAUACUUCUUCCUAACAUCAUACUGAGUUUGGCUGCCUUGCCAACCCAACUAAUACCGCUAUCGGGCCGUGGACCUGGAUUUUGCUCAAGCCACUGGAUGAUCUCUGCACUACCGCUCAUAGCUUCACAAAAUACCGAGUGGCCCUCUAAACUAACCGCUCCAAAACCUUAUAUGCUUAAAUCACCACCUCCCGAAGGGCUGGAUCCUGAGAUUCUUGUGUCCUUGUUCGCACUCCAUCAGGCACUCCUACCGCCAUUACACUAUCUCACCACUACGAGCUUACUUCCUACCGAGCUGCAUCUUCUCUCCAUAGCUUUAAUCAACCUUCUCUUGUUUGCCAAGUCUCCGCAAAUGAUAAUCUUGGCUGCUGUCAUCUGGAUUGGCGGCCUAGGACUGUUCAUUCUUUGCGGCCACGUUCUGAAAUGGGGAGUAGCGCUGGCACGAAUUCCUAGGUGGAGAUUCAGACGUGCCGGACGAGUUAUCAAAGCCAGGCAGUCUUUCAUAGAGAUACUGAAUCAGAGCUUGACACCCAGGUAUCCGCAAAAGGCGAAGCAGAAUGUUUCCGACAGCGAUGCCGACGACGACGUUAUCGAUAUCGGCAACGGCAAAAUCGCCCAAAGGAAUCUGAAGCUGAAUACGUUGGCUUCUUCGACCCAGAAGUCAAAUCCUCUGAAUCAUUUCGAACCUUUUGAAACAAGGUCUGCGGUUGAGCGGACGGCAUCAGCCAAUUUUCCAAUCGAAGUCAACAUCAAGGAAGCAACGAGCCCGACUCGAAAGCGCCGGAACACGUUGGCAAAUUUACCAGAACCGAAUUCUCCGCCCCAACCACUGUCCUUCGCUCGUCACAGACGUGCAAAAUCAUCAGCAAUGCAAUCGUAUUUGUCCCUGACACCUACACAGGCGGCAGUGAGGAAAUGGGCGUAUGCAGGGUACGUCUACGUGGUCAUUGCCAUGUUGAUCCUGGGGCCCAUCCGGUUCGUUGUAGGCGAAUACGCCCUGAAUGGUAACGAACCAUUCGGAUGGGCCAUUGGAUACCUAUUCGGCCAUAUCCAACCUCUACGCUUCGAGGUAGUCAACUGGAACCUUGAAGAUUGGAUUGUCUUGCCACCAUUAUAUGGCACAGACGACACAUCGAGGUCACAUCGUCCUGGUCGAAUAGAAUACCUUCGGCGAUUCGUAGCUGGAGAGGCCAACACUCGACUCGUUCUGUGCGGCUACUGCGUCAGCGUCAUAGCGGUUGGCAUGGUUGUUGUGCUCAGAUUGAGCUCGGUAGUCGAAGUGGACACGCGCCGCAAAGUCUUCCACGGUAUGAUGGUCGCGAUGCUGCUUCCGACUAUCUACGUCGACCCUGCUUUCGUCGCGCUCGCACUGGUACUCGUAUUGUCCAUCUUCCUGCUUCUCGACCUUCUCCGGGCCUCUCAACUGCCUCCAUUGUCCAAGCCAUUGGCAUACUUCCUGACUCCAUAUGUUGAUGGGCGGGACCUUCGAGGCCCGGUUGUUGUUUCGCACAUCUUCCUCCUUAUUGGAUGUGCGAUACCGCUCUGGCUCUCCCUCGCCGGGAUUGGACGCACAGGAGACAGACCAUGGGAGGGCUGGGAGGUGCCUACCCGCGAUGUUAGCAUGGUGGCGGGAGUCGUGUGCGUUGGUAUGGGCGACGCAGCGGCCUCAUUGAUCGGGCGCCGGUACGGCAGACGUAAGUGGCCGUGGGCAGGUGGAAAAAGUCUAGAGGGAAGUCUCGCAUUUGCCGUCGCUGUGACGAUAGGCUUGGUGUUUGGAAAGGCCUGGCUGCGAUUCGGGCAAUGGGAUGAUGAGGGAGCAGCAGAUGGCUGGCUGCUCACAGUGGCAAAGGCAGCGGUGUCGGCCUGUGGCGCCAGUCUCAACGAGGCGGUGCUGACGGGGGGAAACGACAAUGUCAUCGUGCCUGUGAUCCUCUGGCUGCUCGUGCGAGGGGUCAGGCUGUAGAUAUAGGGCGUGCUGCAUUAAUAAUGGCAUUUCGGGCAUAAAAGGCAGGAAUGAAACAUUGGCGUGGGCGGCGCAGCGCAUUUAGGGCAUUCACUAUUUGUAGGGUCAGGCCACGUGAGCGACAGGGCACACCCCGACUCGGGCACGUGGAGUAGCUCCCCGAUUUUACCCAGCUUAACGCGGCUGUCUUCACAUCUUG